AUGCCGACUAAAGCCAAGAAGCCCGUCAAGGCGGAGCUCCCGCCCCAGGAGGAGAUGGACAAGCCGUCGACGCCCGCCGGGGGGAUGUUCGAGCCGCCCAAGGUGGAGAUCGUGCGUCCGACGCUGCAGCUGUCGCUGACGGCGGAGCAGCUGGAGGAGGAGAUUCCGCGUAUUUUGACGGCGAAGAACCCGGAGGCGCCGGAGUCGGUGGUGCGGUACAACGCGAAGGAGAAGCAGUGGAAGGCGGACGCGAUGAUCGACCAGCUGCUGGUGCACUUCAGCAGCGAGGGGUGGCUGAUCAGCGAGGGGAGCGAGGAGGCGCGCGUGCAGGCGGAGCAGCAGAAGGCGGAGGCGGAGGCGAAGCAGGAGUACGACCGCGAGGUGGCCAAGCGGCGGCAGGAGCAGGGCGCGGACGACGAGCCGCGGGAGCUGCGCAACGUGUUCAACUUCGCGGACCGCGCGAUGCAGACGAACAACCUGGGGAUGCGCGACCGCGCGGUGAUGACGGACCCGCCGCCGCUGGAGACGCUCGCGGGGUCGUGCUCGUUCAACGAGAUUUACGACGCCUACAUCGAGGAGCAGAUCCGGGUGCGGCUGGCGGAGAAGGCGCAGCGGGAGCUGGGGCGCGGGGGCAAGAAGAAGGGGGGCGGCGCGGCGGCGGCGCACGCGGCGGACGCGGACCGCGCGGAGGACGACGACGGGGAGCGGGACAAGGGCGACGGCGACGUGCUGCACGGGCGGGAGAUGGGCCUGGCCGUCAAGCUGAUGGAGCGCAUGGUCAACCAGAACGCGUACAACGACAUCUUCCAGGACUUCAAGUACUGGGAGGACCCGUCGGACAAGUACCGCGACGGCGAGGGCACGAUGCUGCCGCUGUGGAAGUUCUACCACGAGCGCGCGAAGCGGAAGCACGUGACGAGCAUCUGCUGGUCCCCGCGGUACGGCGACAUGUUCGCGGUCGGGUACGGCUCGUUCGACUUCGCGCGGCAGGGCUCGGGCCUGAUCUGCGUCUUCUCGUACAAGAACCCCAGCUGGCCCGAGGUGGCCAUCACCACGGAGAGCGGCGUGAUGAGCCUGGACUUCCACCCGGAGCAGUGCAACCUGCUCGCGGUGGGGCUGUACGACGGCAGCGUGCUCGUGUUCGACGUGAGCCAGACGCACUCCAUCCCGCUGUACAAGAGCAGCGUGCGCGUGGGCAAGCACACCGACCCCGUGUGGCAGGUGCGCUGGCAGGAGGACGAGGCCGCGAAGAGCCUCCAGUUCUACUCGGUCAGCACCGACGGCCGCGUGCUCAUCUGGACGGUCAGCAAGUCGGGCGGCACGCUCGAGUGCCAGAACGGCAUGGACCUCAAGCUCGAGGCCGGGGACGAGUCGGACCGCGACGACGACGACGCGCUGAUCAACCAGCUCGCGGGCGGGUGCUGCUUCGACUUCAACCAGCAGCAGGACCACCUCUUCGUCGUCGGGACCGAGGAGGGCACGGUGCACAAGUGCUCCAAGGCCUACGCGUCGCAGUACCUGGACACGUACAACGCGCACUCGCUGCCCGUGUACGCGGUGCGCUGGAACUGCGUGCACCCGCGCGUGUUCCUCUCCGCGAGCGCGGACUGGUCGGUCAAGCUCUGGGACCACACCAACCAAGACAGCUUCUUGUCGUACGACCUGGGGAGCCCCGUGGGGGACGCGGCGUGGGCGCCGUACUCGGCGACGGUGUUCUCGGCCGUGACGGCGGACGGCAAGGUGCACCUGUUCGACCUGAGCCAGAACAAGCACGAGCCGAUCUGCGAGCAGAAGAUCGUGCGCAAGGCCAAGCUCACGCGCCUGGCGUACAACCCCAACGCGGAGCACCCCGUGCUGCUGGUGGGCGACGACCACGGGUGCGUGACCGCGCUCAAGCUGUCGCCCAACCUGCACCGCGCGUGCAAGCCCGAGGAGGGCCAGUCGGUGGCCGAGGCCGACGUGGCGCGCAUGGACCGCAUCAUCGACAUCGCGUUCAAGAGCCGCGCCCAGGCCGCCGCCGCCGCGAGCCGCCAGGGCGCGCAGUCGCCCGCGCCGUGA